AUGGAGACAACCUUGUCUGUCCAGCAGCUUCCUAACAAGUUCACAAACACCAGGAUAAAUUGGCCCCUUGGACUGGGGUUGAAGAUUGAAACGAUAUCCCCUUUCCAGGGGAAGUAUCGCCCCCAUGUUGGACAGCCCUGCCAGUCAUGUACUCCUAAAAGUAUGGAGAACUUCUUUUACAAGAGAUACACUCAGAUGGGGUUUCGCAAUGCACUCCACAUCACAGAACAGGACAGCAGGUUUCGAGGUUGGCUAGUGAGAAGACUGUGUUGCUUCAUCUUUAUAUGGGAACGUCCAGUCGAUAAAGACCUUUCUUCAGAUCUGUUAGAAAAGAUCUACAAACACCCCAAUGUUCAAGUGGCGAUAAUUCAAGAGCUUGCUAAAGAUAAAGAACACACAGAUCUUACAGACACUAGAGCAGAAAUUCCAAGGAUUCUAGGGCAGAUUCACAGGCCUCUUUCACCCUUGCUAAUCAGAGUUACUCGCUGGCUUCUUGCGAAGAUGCUGACUUCCCUCUUUUUGAACGUACAUUUCCAUUGCGGUCAAGUGGCCACGGUUCGAGAAGCUGCUGCUGCGUGUCCAGGAACCCCGAUGGUUUUUCUCAGCACUCACCCCUCUUGGCUGGACAGUCUUCUUCUGCCUUUUCUCCUGUUUUCACAAAAUCUCAAGGUACCACGUGUAGUGUGGGAUCGGAGAGACUGCCCACGGCUUCUCAGGGUUUUCUUACAGCGUUUGGGAGCAGUGUUCGUUCCUACAGAUGGAGGAGCCUGGAGCAAAGCUGUUCUGUCAGCGUACACAGGGACACUGCUUGCUGAAGGCCACUCCCUGCUAAUUUUUUUGGAGGAUCCUUCUUCUCGUUAUACUCAUACUUUGUCAUCCAGUGGGUGUGAAUGGAUCCAGGAGGUGGUUGGAACUCUACGUUCUGGACUGGUGUCAGACAUCCUUAUUGUGCCAGUUGGAAUUUCCUAUGAUUGCUGUCUGGAGGAUCUUGUGACUGGCAGAGAGGUAACAGCUUCAUCAGGAGUAUGGCGUUCUUUUCUUUCUGUUCUUUGCCCGUGGUUCUCCACCUUUGGCUGCACUCGUGUGGAUUUUGCUCAGCCCUUUUCCCUGCAGGAAUACGUAACCAGCUACCUGUGGAGACGUCUGGAACCUCCUCCAUCCCUGAAAGAAACGCUGCUCCCCAACGUUUUUGGUUACAAGAUCAAAUUGUAUGAUGAGGUAGACAUGGAAACAGAACCACAUAAAGACGAUAGCCAGGAACAGUCCUUGGUCGAUGGAUUUAUUCUGCAUUCUUUGAGUGCUGCUGUUUCUUGUACGGCCAUCAUGUCUUCACACAUCACGGCCGGCCUCCUGCUGUACAGAUACCGAGCUGGAGUCUCCCUAUGCCGGCUCCUCGCAGACUUCUCCUUGCUGACAGAGGACAUUCUCCAUCACGGGUUUGACGUGGGUUUCUCAGGUCAGCGCUGGGACUUGGUCCGCCACAGCCUGCAGAUUCUACGACGGAGUGUAUCUCUGUUCUCCGCUGUUUCCGGUGAUCUAUUUGUAUUGUCCAGGGGAUCCCAAGAAUCUAUACUGGAGCUGGAGUACAAAAGUGCUGCUCUUCUGCACAUCUUCAUCUAUGAAGCCAUAGGAGCCUGUGGCUUGCACGCACUCCUGUUCCAGAUACCCGCUCUUGGCCAAUCGGAGAUUUUGUUUGCCCAAGACGAGAUCUUAGACAAGGUGUUGAGUCUCUGCUACCUGCUCCCCAGGACACUGCUGCUCCAGACGCCUUGUCAGUCUCCAUACAUCAUGUGUCAGGAUAUCCUGGACAAGUUGAUUCAGUGUGGACUUCUUGCUACGUAUGAUGACCCCACUGCCUCGCAAGCUUGUGAUACCGGGAGAAGAUACUUCACCGACAAGCUGACGUGGAGGGCUGUGGAUGACAUGACUGACAGCGACAGUGAUUACGCGGAGGAAGAAGUAAAACGUUACUACAAGCUGGGCCGUUCUGGCCCCAAUGCCAAUUUCUUUGUGUUCCUGUGUCACCUCCUGGGCCCGGUGCUAAGGACAUACGAGCGAGCAGCUCAGUGUCUGGCGGAGCAAGGAGAACGCAGGAAAGGUAUGAAUAACGGAGAAUUAGGAAAAACCACCCUCAGUUACAAACAUCAUUUCCAGCUUUGGGAUACAGAGACCGGACAUGUGAAGAGACUGCAUGCUUAUCUGCAGCACAGAGCUGAACACGAUGGCUCCUUCGAGUGUGCAGAGUAUUCCCUGACUGCCUGUGCCUUUCGAACCUUCUUAGAUCUCGGGGUCUUUGUGCGCACUCAGCAGAGUCCCGGAUCAGAAUAUUGUUUAUCAGAGACGUUCCUGCUGAAGGAAAAUUGCCAGAAACUUGUUAGUUUCAUCCAGCAGUUUGUCUACAACUUUUAAGGUGUAGAAGACGGCGUGGAAUACUGGGCGUUGUAUGUGGGUAUUUAUAAGCACUGUAUGUAUGUGAUUUGUGGUAUUCUGAGCGGGUGUAUUACCUUUAGUGGGUAUAGACACUUUUUGUUGUGUUUGGUCAUUUGAUGUAUUUUUCACAUAAAGGGUUGUGUUUUCCAGUUACUUUGAUUUAAACAUUUGACUGAAAUAAAGCGAUUCUGUUAUUUUUGAAAUAAAAGUUAAUUUGUUGCAGUUAGAGAAAUCGAUACGAGUUUCCUUGCAGGUCAUCUGUGGAUUAUAGUAGCAAAGUAAUUAAAAAUCAGGA